AUGUCGGACAAACUUACAAGAAUUGCUAUUGUCAAUAGCGACAAGUGCAAGCCCAAGAAAUGUCGUCAAGAGUGCAAAAAGUCUUGCCCUGUGGUCCGCACAGGCAAGCUCUGUAUCGAAGUGACACCCGAGUCGAAAAUCGCCUUCAUUUCCGAACGUCUCUGUAUCGGUUGCGGUAUCUGCCCUAAGAAAUGUCCCUUCGGUGCUAUCCACAUUAUCAACCUGCCGACCAACCUCGAGACACAAGUCACCCACCGUUACUCGGCCAACAGCUUCAAGUUGCAUCGCUUGCCUAUGCCUCGACCUGGUCAGGUUCUCGGUUUAGUCGGUGCAAACGGUACUGGAAAGAGUACGGCCCUGAAAAUCCUCAGUGGUAAACUCAAGCCCAAUCUCGGACGUUACGACGACCCCCCUGACUGGCAGGAAAUUUUGAAAUACUUCCGUGGAUCCGAACUUCAGAAUUACUUCACAAAGGUCUUGGAAGACAACUUGAAGGCUGUCGUCAAGCCUCAGUAUGUUGACCAAAUUCCCAGGGCCGUCAAAGGACCCGUGAAGGAGGUUGGCCCUCUGAUUGAGGCUCGUUCCCAAAUGGACAAUAUGGAUCGCAUCAUGGAUGUUCUUGAACUCAAGCAAGUCGAGAACCGCGACAUUAACCUCCUUUCUGGUGGAGAGCUGCAGCGUUUUGCCUUGGCUUUGGUUUGUGUGCAACAGGCAGAUGUGUACAUGUUUGACGAGCCUAGUUCCUACCUCGAUAUUCGUCAGAGACUCGCUGCUGCCCGUACCAUUCGGGAGUUGCUCCGACCUGAUGACUAUGUUAUUGUUGUUGAGCACGAUUUGUCUGUUUUGGACUAUCUUUCCGACUUCGUCUGCGUUCUUUAUGGUCGACCUGCCGUCUAUGGUGUUGUUACUCUGCCUUCGUCUGUCCGUGAAGGUAUCAACAUCUUCCUUGAUGGUCACAUCCCCACCGAGAACUUGCGUUUCCGUGAGGAAUCCUUGACUUUCCGCAUUGCCGAGGCCGGUGACGAAUUCUUGGUUGACAAGGGUCGUGCUUUCCAUUAUCCAAAGAUGGAAAAGACAAUGGGCAACUUCCAUCUGUCAAUUGACUCGGGUAAAUUCACUGACUCGGAAAUUGUUGUUCUGAUGGGUGAGAACGGAACUGGCAAAACCACAUUUUGUAAAAUGCUUGCUGGAGCCGAGAAACCAGACGGAACCGUAUCGAUUCCUCGGAUGAACAUCAGCAUGAAACCUCAGAAGAUCACCCCCAAAUUCACGGGUACCGUUCGCCAGUUGUUCUUCAAGAGGAUCAAGGCUGCCUUCCUCAACCCCCAAUUCCAGACUGAUGUCUACAAGCCUCUCAGGAUCGAUGAUUUCAUUGACCAGGAAGUUCAGAACUUGUCUGGUGGUGAAUUGCAACGUGUUGCUAUUGUCCUCGCUCUAGGUAUCCCUGCGGAUAUCUAUCUGAUUGACGAACCUUCUGCUUACCUUGAUGCCGAGCAGCGUAUUACUGCUUCCCGAGUCAUUAAGCGAUUCAUCAUGAACACCAAGAAGACGGCUUUUAUUGUCGAGCACGAUUUCAUUAUGGCUACUUAUCUCGCUGACCGUGUCAUUGUGUUUGACGGCAAGCCAUCCAUCGAUGCUCACGCCAACGAACCUGAAUCCCUCCUCACUGGCUGCAACCGAUUCUUGAAGAACUUGGACGUCACAUUCCGUCGUGAUCCCAACAGCUACCGUCCUCGUAUCAACAAGCACCAGAGUCAGCUUGACCAGGAGCAGAAGUUGAAUGGCAACUACUUCUUCCUGGAAGAGGAGAGUUGA